AUAUCACCACACACCAACAUUCACAUAAUUAACCAAUCCUACUCGAGAAAAAUGAGUCUUUUUAGAUCUUUUUUCACUUUUCCCUUGCUUUUAACUUACCUCGCCUUAGCUCAAGCAGCUACAUUUGACAUAACCAACAAAUGCCCUUACACAGUCUGGGCAGCAGCCUCACCGGGGGGCGGCAGGCAACUCAACACCGGGGAAACAUGGCCCAUUAGUGCUAACCCCGGUACCACACAAGCCCGCAUUUGGGCUAGAACCAACUGCCAAUUCGACGCAUCAGGAAGAGGUAAAUGCGAGACAGGAGACUGCAACGGGCUUCUCGAAUGUCAAGGUUACGGUACAGCACCUAACACAUUAGCCGAAUACGCACUAGACCAGUUCGAACGUCAAGAUUUUAUCGAUAUAUCGAAUAUCGACGGGUUUAAUGUUCCUAUGGAGUUUAGUUCAGCAUCAACAGGUUGUAGCAGAGUGAUUAAAUGUAAUGCAGAUAUUAUAGGACAGUGUCCAAAUGUGUUGAAGGUUCCUGGAGGAUGUAACGGUCCGUGUCCUAUGUUGAAGACAGAGGAACAUUGCUGCAAUUCUGGAAAUUGUGGUCCGACAGAACUCUCAAGGUAUUUUAAGGAAAGAUGCCCUGAUGCUUAUAGUUACCCUGAAGAUGAUCGUACAAGUUUGUUUACUUGUCCUACUGGGACUAACUAUAAGGUUAUCUUCUGCCCUUGAAGCUAAAAGAUUUCACGGACGACAUUUAUAUGAGAAAUUAUUACAUAGACUUAGUCUACGUACCACGUCAUCCGUAGACUAAGCCGAUCGCAUUAUAAAGGAGAUUGAUAUAGAAUAAAGGAGCUCCCAAAUUUAGUAAUGAUAGAUAUCAGGAGUUUAAAUGUGAGCAUUUUAUUAUUAAUUCAGUUGAAAGAAUUUUAUUAGAGCAAAUAAAUAUAGAAUAAGAGUGUUUUCUUAACGUGAAAACUCUGAAAUGGAAUUAUAAUAUCUCUACCAUUAGGUAUUGUCUAAUGUUUCCUAAUGUGAAGAAUUAAUAUUUUAAUGAGUUUCAUGCCAUGGUUUGUCA